AUGCUUGCGGGACAGCAUGACACGCAGAACAAGAGAUCGCCACCACCAAAGCCGAUACCCGUUGUCUUUCCGUCUCUCAACCCACCUACACCAUCGAUACAAACCCCUCCACCAUCCUGGACUACUGAACAGGGAGCAGGGAUACCUGCCCACUUUCUGGCCUUGAAGAAGCCAUCUGAUGUUACCCAGGACACGUUGGCACUUUUGAAUGUCACGUUCCAACCUGAAUGUGAUUUCGAGACGCUGCUAUCAUCUCUGUCAAACAACGCGCAAUCGCAUCUUCCUCCAAGAUCCUGGUUGAAUCCGCCAGAGCAAAACGAUUCCUCGUUCAAGGGCCCUGUCGCCACCCUCCUCAGCAAUGGUAGAAGAGUGCCUGAUCAAAGAGAAUUCUAUAUGCGUGCGAAAGAGUUGACAUUCAAGAACAACGAUGCUUUCUCCACGCUUACUCGCAAAGGAGGUAAAAGCCACACAACUCCACGACUUGCCCAUUUCCGAAAGUUUUGGGAAGGUCUGGACAACAUGGCGUACUACUGGGACAACUCUCUUGACGAAUAUGUUCCGCCAGACCCAGAAGUUACCAAUAACGAGGGAGUUUCGUCCUUGACUCUUGCUGGAGAAAAACAUCAAAGUCAGGAGGCACAAGGAGAAACCAAGAUAGGCUGGGUUGCGGAUAUGGGUUCCACCUUCAUGUCUUCCGCCAAAAGCGAUCCACGCAAGAAAGCAAAGCUAGAGGCGGUAGAUAACCAAACAGUGGCUCAGUCUCUCAACUCCAAAGAUCGUGCGAACGGACUGAUAGCUGCGCAAACAUCAUUGAUCGUUCCAAGCGGGGUGCUACCGGAAAGAAUCGCGUCACCGAAAGUUUCGCUGCCUAUAAAUUUGGAGCCUCUCAACAAACCAAUCGAUCCAUCAAACGGCUCCUACCAGGGUUAUCGAAUUGGAAAUGGUGCAGAGAUGCCCGACCAGUACCGCGUUGAGUGCGUUCGAGCCUUUGUGGAAUCUAUCGCAUGGGCGUUUGGUGUUUCUGUUUCUCAGCAUCGGCGUCCACCAGUUCUGCCACUAGGCAAAGUCCGAUUCCCAGUACGAAUGAGCUCUGUAGCCUAUCGAGGGCCUCAGGACAGAGCAAAGGCACGGCAGGGAUGGAUGGAAGGGCCUGUGCUAGGUAUUCAAUGCAGGCCUGACGUGAAUUUUGGCUCUACUGGCAUGUUAGACGCAGAGUCUGUUCUCGAUGCUGUUCGUGAACUUGGCGCGAUGCUUCUGUUGGCACAAGAAAGGAUAAGGGAGGGCAAGACAGAAAAACGAAGUGGUGAAGGCAAAUGGUGGACGACUAAAGAGCGCUGGGGAGGAGGUCCUGGGGGCGAAACUCAAGGGACCAAAGACACCAGUAACACAUCUAAUAACGAAGACAAAUCUGUUUUAAGGAAUCGAGAUGGUUCAAGGGUUCGUCGAAGGCCAUCACCAGUAGAGCUUUGGAAAGUUUUGAAAACAGGAAACGCUCUAUGGGACCCAAAGAUCACGUAUGAAAGGAUUGGGAAGGAUAGAAGUACUGAGUGGGACGAUGUUUUCAUGGUGUCAUCAUUGAAUCACCAUAUCAGUGUGUUGAAACUACGCGUACAUCCACUCUACUUACAAUUCCUUACCGAAGGACACCUCCCCGAAGACACACCACCAGAUGCUGAUUGGUGUUCACCAAAGCUUCAGAGAACGCGCUGGUAUGAUCUAUUCGACGUUGACGACCGCACCGAAGCCAUGAGAGGGAUCUGGGGUGUAUUGUCUUACUUGAUGCGAGCUCAAGAAGACUGUCGUACAGACACUACCACGAAAGACGCCUAA